UUGUUCGAUUCCAAGAUGGCGGUCGCCGCCGGAUCGGGCGUGAAGGUGCCGAGGAACUUCCGUCUGCUGGAGGAACUGGAAGAGGGACAGAAAGGAGUAGGUGAUGGAACAGUGAGCUGGGGAUUGGAGGAUGAUGAUGACAUGACCCUCACACGCUGGAGAGGCAUGAUCAUCGGGCCACCACGGACCAUCUAUGAGAACAGGAUGUACAGCCUGCGAGUGGAAUGUGGACCCAGAUAUCCAGAAACUCCUCCAUUUGUGCGAUUCGUGACAAAGAUAAAUUUAAACGGAGUACACAACUCAAGUGGUGUGGUGGAACCGAGGGCAGUCUCGUCUUUGUCAAAGUGGCAGGACUCGUACAGUAUCCGAGUUGUGCUGCAGGAGCUUAGACGACUCAUGAUGUGCAAAGAGAAUAUGAAGCUACCACAGCCGCCUGAGGGACAGAUUUACACCAACUGAGACUGUACUCUACUGCAGAUCCUGUCCCAACUCUCUUCCACUCUUCCUCAUUUCCAUUCAAUAUUUCAUUGCUCUCUGCUUCCCUUCUCUUCAUCGCUGUCACCCUUCAAUUCUUAAAUGCGCAUUUCCAUUCUCUUACGGCCUCUCGGUCUGUCAAACCCUUUCACCGUCUCUUUCACAGCAACAAGCAUACACACCAACUUAAAGGAAACCCAUGCCUUGUGUACUCAAUCCUAUCAUGGCCCAUCAUUCCUUUUUUUUUUUUUUUUUUGAUCUCUGGUUCAAACGAUGAGUGAUUGGUUCUUUGGUUUGACCUAGAACAAAAUCAUUUGAAUACUGUACAUCUUACUAAUCAUUUUAUUAUUGUUUGUUAUAAAAUCAGAUUGUACAAUAUCAUAAAUCCUAUUGCGUGUGUACUGUGGUUGUGAGUAUUUUGUCAUUUUCAUAUUCUUGCUCGAGGACUAUUCAGCUCAGCUUAAUGCACUGUAAUGUCAUUGUAGAUGUCUGCUAGUAAAGUUUUGGUAUUUGCAUUUUCAGGUGUCAGAUGGUGUUUAAAAUUGGUUAACACACCACACCCCCCACAAGUCCACAAAAUACUCCUGAAAAUAAAUCUAAUGACGUUUCUGAAAAAAAAAAAAAAAACUUGUGAGGAAUUAAAUGUUUGGCUGAAAGGUAGAUGGGGAAUGGAGGUUUUAAUAAGCUGGACCCAAAUUCAUUUGGGUAAAGAUGGGACCCCUGAAAGGUAUUGACUAGUAUGUCAGCUAAUAAUAAAGUUAAACACUGUGGAGCACUUAGUGUGCAGUUAGGGACACGGUCAAUAUCAUACAUGUGCUGUGUAAACAAUGUUUGCUCAUUACCAUGGCUGUAAGCACCAGAUAACAUGUCAUUCAAAGCUGUGUCCUAGGAGUGUGAAGAACAUAAUAAUAAAGUAAAAAUAUCUUA